UCCCAGUUGCAUCGCAUCACUGUUUUCCUUCAUUACUGUCAGACCCGUGUGUUCUCCAGAAGCGUAGCCACCCUUUAAAUUCUUAAUGGGCCCUUGGGCCUUAAGCCCAUUCGGCUAGAUGCUUGGUUAUCCUUAAAAGGACUGAUUUUUCCACGAGCCUUGGGCCUUCCUAUCUUCUAAAGAGGCUGAUUUCACAAAAUAGUAUAUUGUUUUAAAGGGGCUGGUUAUGUUUACAGAAACUAUUUUAGUAACUUAAAUGGGUUGUUUUCUCAAAUUGAGGCUGGGCUGAAAUUUAAGUCAGACCAAGUUAUACAACUUAUUUUUAUUAGAAACUAUUUAAGUGAUUUAAAAUAUAUUUUAAUGUAAACUAUUGAGCCUUUUAUUUUAGUUAAUAUUCCCAUUGUCUAUUUAGAUCGGAUUUUAGUGAACUUAUUAUGUUAUACUUUAAUUAGAAAACCAAGUAAUAUGUUAUGGGUUUUAAAUAACAUUACUACAUAUUAAUCUUAGUAUAGCUGAAUAAUUAGUGAAUUUUCUCUAUGGCAUGAUUCUAAGUAAUUAGAAUACUACGACCUGUUUUCUUAGAAAUGUUAGUAAUGAUUAGUGUCUCGUAUAGGUCACGAGCUACAACGUAAGGUUGUAGAAACAGUGUUAAGAGGUAAGAAGUAUGAUCAUACUUUUAUGUGUGCUGUAAAUAUUUAGUUUUGUGCAUGAAAAAUGUGAUGUUUACCUACGCUACAAUACAAGCCAAUUCAAGGUUAGCCCCUUUUCAUGAACCUCUAUGAAUUAUAAUGAUGUGCUUAUAAAUGAUGUAUGCUAUGAUGAUAUGGAUUGUUGUUAUAUAAAUGAGAUGUUAUGAAAAUCACAUGUAUGCCAUGUAAUGUUUAGAUCAUGUUAUGCCAUGUCUAUGUAUGUUAUGUUGCGUAAGACUCAUGUUGUUAUGCCAUGUUCAAUGUUAUGCCAUGCACAAGAGUAUGUCAUGCCUUGUAAUUUCAUGAAGUCAAAUGUGUUCACAUGCAUUAUGAAAGUUAAUAAGAGAACACAUGAAUGACAAGUGAGCUUUAAGAUUGGCCUUAAGUUAUGGCUGGAUGUGCAAGCCACGGAUUCAAGCAUGGUCCACCACAUGAAAGAUAUGAUGUUAGGUGGUGACAAAAACCCAAGCGUGUUCACCACAGGUUAUGAUAUGUUAUACGGUGCCACAGACUCAAGUGUGGUUCACCAUAUGAUGAGUGAUAACAUGGACCUAAGCGUGUUUCACUACAUGUUAUAGUAUAAUAGACCGCGCCAUAGACUCAAGCGUGGUUCACCAUAUGUUAUGUGACAAUACGGACCCAAACAUGUUUAACUGCAUGUUAUGAUAAGUGAUACGGUGCCACGGACCCAAGCGUGGUUACCCUAUGCUAUGAUAUGUUAUGUAUAGUCAAUGACAAUUGGACCAAUGCACACGUUAUGAUGGCCACUAUGUAAGUGAAAGACAAGAUGAAUAAGAUAUGUACAAAUGAUAGGAAAUGCAUAGAGUCAGUGAUUCAUGCAUCCAUGUUACAUGUAUUGCCAUGAUUAUGUAUCAUUCCACUUAUGUUACUAAUGAAUGAUAUGUAUGUUAUGAUAUACGUAAGCUUUUAAAGUUAAGCUUAACGUUAAAUUACGUUUACAGUAUGAUGUGCUAUUACUGAGUCUUCGACUCAUUUGUUUGUUUCUCUGUUUUUAUGUUUUUAAUGUCCCAAAUGAUGAUUUCAUGGAUACAAAGUAGGAGUGCCAGGAGUAGAAUAAGUUUCCAGAGACUUGGUGUAUGAUUUAGGCAUUUAAGCAGUGUUGCUUUCACAUAGAACUAGUUUAUGCCUUUUCAUUAUGUUUUCAGCUUUAUGUUAGCAAAGACAGUUUAUUUUUAAGUUAAUUGAUUAUUCAAUAAAUGAGGUAUUUUUUCAUGACUUCAAAUCUCUUCAUCGAGCAUCAUGUUAUGAAUAUUCGUAAUAUUCCUGAUGUAUAGGAAGGGGUGUUACACUGUUUUGAUUGCACUUACUUUGGUGACAAUGAUUUAUGUGCUACUUGGUUAACUGCAAACAUGCACAACCCUGCCACGGGGGUAAACGUGGCCUUUGUUUUUGAUGUUGUAUCAGUUAUGCUUGUGCCUAAGGUCUUUUGUAUAUAUUAUUAUUGUAAUGAAAUGCUUCUGAAAACACCACUGCUAUUAUUGAGACUGUUUGUUUAUGCAUUAUGUAACUGGCUCACAUUUACAUACUAGUAUAGGUUCACUGCUUACUGAGUAGGUAGACUCAUCCGUUUAUCUCUAUUUUUUUAGGAGAAUUUGAUGGUUGUGGCUGUUGGAAUAGAUGGCACGUGACAUGAUUAUAACAAAAAUGUUCAAAGGAGUCACCCUUGGGGCAUGAUAGUCAUUGUUGGAUACAUAGGCAAAAUUUUUAAAAUCAAACGUCUUCCUCCUCAUCAUUUCUAUAAAGUUCUUCCUGAAUCAACCUCUCCAAUGCUAACAAUGGAUUGCUCAUCAGAGUGGAAGUCCCUCUUCCCGGUCUCCACAGUCUCUACUCCUCCUCUCCUCAUCUCAGGCCCUUCAUCUAGACAAGCUCUGGGUCCACUAUUUUUCAACCCAAAGCCCCAAACCCUAACACACCUCUUCUCCUCCCAGUCUCUCUUGCCUCACUCUGUCUCUCCUCCUCCCCAACUCUCUCUUCCCAGAUUCCUCCUCACCUCAUCCAUCCCCCCCUCUACUUCCUCCUCCAUCUCCUUCCACGUCGGGCACCACACUGCCCAUCAAAAUGACGCCGCUUCUCACCUCCUCCACAACCGCCUCUCCUUCCUUCAGCAACCCAAUUCCAAGUCUAUCGUCGUUUUCUUCCCUACCGGUGUCAAUUCUGAACAAGUCGGAUUCUUGGUAUUAUUGUUGGAUGGUUCAGGUUUCAGUUUUGACGUUCGGGUCGAUAAGAAGUGUGGCAUCUUCAGGGAAAAGACUGGGUUUGAGUACCGGAUUAACAAUAUCUCGGUGAACCCCAUGGUUGAAUCAGGUAUUGGGUCUACAAGUUGGGCAUGUGAUUCGAAUUCCUUGGCUAUUGUUGGGUAUUUGAUGGCUUCUACGUUGUCCUCUGUGCAUUGGUUUGCUGUGAAGGUUAAAGAAGUUGGCUUGAAUUGGGAUAGCCCGAGUUUGGUUUGCUUGGGUAGUAAGGUUUUCAAGAGUUGCCCGGUUGUUUGUGCUUGUUGGAGUCCGUAUACGCUAGAGGAGAGUGUGGUUUUGUUGGAGAGUGGCUCAUUGUUCUUAUUCGAUUUGGAGUCUUGUUUGAAAAGUGUUGCCACAGGUGCGCGUUUUAGAGGGACUAGGUUGCGAGUUUCUUGGGAUGAUGAGUCGGGUACAUCGGGGAGUCGGAAAUGGUUGGGUUGUCAAUUUAGUUGGCAUUGUAGGAUCUUGAUUGUUGCUCGGUCCGAUGCUGUGUUUUUAGUUGAUUUGAGGCUUGAUGAAUGUGUCGUGAGCUGUUUAGCCAAGGUUGAGAUGUUAAGUAUGUAUGCAUCGGUUAAAAAUGAAAGGUUCCUUAGUUUUAUGAUUGCAGGUUCUGAUGGCUUUCAUUUUGCGUUGGCUUCACAUAGUUUGUUGCUUCUUUGUGAUGUGCGGAAACCGAUGCCGGUGUUGCAAUGGUUUCAUGGUCUUGAUAAACCGUGCUACAUUGACGUGUUUAGAUUGUCUGAAUUGAGAUCAAACUCAAGGAAUACAACGUAUCAGUGGGCUUCUGAAUCAGGUUUUUGCAUUAUGUUAGGAUCCUUUUUGAAUUGUGAGUUUAAUCUCUUUUGCUAUGGACCUGCUUUACCAGCCCCACGAGGAACCAUUGUGUCCGAAAUUUCAGAAUUUUCAAAAACUAUUUAUGCAUGGGAGCUCCCAACAAACCUGUUAUUGUCUGGUCGUGAAUGCAGAUGUGGAAGUUGUCUUGUAAGGGAGGAGAUUUUGAAGGAUGAUCUUCCUGAAUGGAUUGAUUGGCAGCAAAAGAAAGAGAUAGUUUUGGGCUUUGGCAUCCUAAACAAAGGUCUAUCUGCACAGCUUGCCGAGUCUGAUGAAUUUGGUAGUUUUACACUGAUAAGGCUUAUGUCUUCAGGGAAGCUUGAAUUACAAAGAUACUGUGCUUCAUGGGAUUCUGUGAAGAAGUUGAAAGAAUUUCACACAGAAUUUUUGCCAUUUGAAGAUAAUUUCCUAUUUACCAAGAAAGAUGGGGGAUAUAGAUUUCCCAGAAGAUUCAAGUACCUGAACUUUGAUAACCUAUCUGCAUAUUUGAAUGGUAACCUUACUAAAGUCCUGGAUUCGAAAAUUAAAAAUCAUCGUAAGGGUCCUCAAGAGAAGGAAUCCUUUAGUACAGAAGCUCAUGAAAUCUUAUGUGAGAAGUUGAAGGCUUGUGGCUUUGGUCGAUUGAGAUCGUCUCCUGCAGUUGCUGUUGCUUUUGAUGACAUAAGCUUGCCAGCAAGCAUGCACGAAGUUGCUUUGAGGAGACUAUGGGCAGGCCUGCCAAUAGAACUUUUGCAACUGGCCUAUUCCAACUACCCUGAGUUCCUUGAAGUACUAGUGGACCAAAAAAGGGUAGCUUUGGAAUUUCUAGUUGUUCCAGACAUACCUCAGUUGCCUCCUUUCUUCCUAAGAAAGCCUUCACGCCGAAGCAAUAAAUGGUCACAGAAAGUGCAGCGAGAUGAUGCUCUUGUGGGUCCAGUACUUCCUCUUCCGAUUCUACUUGCACUUCAUGAGUAUCGUAAUGGCUACUCAGAUUUGGAAGGAAUGGAUGGAUUUUCUUUAGAGAAGGAAUUUAGCCUGAGAUGCGAUGAAGUCAAGCAGGUGGCCAGUGAAUUGGCUGUGCCAGAUUCUGGUUGUGAGCUUCGUGAUGAUGGUGCUGUCUCCCUUGUCGAUGACAGAGAAGAGACGUGGGGCAGCUCUGAAAAACCGAAACCUUUCUGUUUAUAUACUCCAGUUGCAUUUAAAUACUCUACCAUGGACUACACAAUAUGCAAUACCUUCAGUGAUAAGAAUUUUGAUAUCCUGAUUUUUAAAGUUCCUGAGAAGAAGCAUAUUCCUCCUGACAAGAUGGAAACUGGUGGGCCCGAACUGUUUGAUGAUCUGUGCCCCACCGAGCUGAGGUUUGAUGCUUUGGUCAAGAACUCUGGGCAAAAUGAAUUGAAGGCAUACAAUAUUCUGAAGAGGCAAUGGUCCAAAUGGCAAGAUGGUUUUAGUUUACAUCAGGAAUUUUGCUCUCUGACCAAAUUUUAAAAGCAAUCUACAUGAUUCUUUUAGUUUCAGCACUUACACUGCUUGCUUUGGUAUCACCGGAUGAAAGUUGCGAAUCGGAAGUGCUACUUGAAUUAGAGUCACAACGCUGCUGCCCAUAAACGUUGUUCAUCUGAUCAAUCAGCAACUGCCGAGGUUUCACAGAGACUUAUAUCUGGAAAGCCACUUGUUGCCACAGGUGAAGAAUAUUUCUGUUGCUGCUUGGAAUUGCAGGGACAAGUCUCAGAAUACAAAUAUACAAAUCCUGGCAAGUCAUAACUCUCCACUGUGUGAUAUAGAUUAGAAUCACUUCCCUUUGGCGCAAUGGACCUACCAAGAAGCCAGUCUUGUGCAGUGCGUGUGGGUCUCGGUGGAGGACAAAGGGAACACUUGCAAAUUAUACCCCUCUACAUGCUCGGGCAGAACCUGAUGAGUAUGAGGAUCACAUGGUUUCCUGGGUGAAGAGUAUAUCAAUAAAUAAAAACAAAGAAGUGAAACUACUCAAAAGAAAGCAAUAGUGAUAAUAUGGUGGUUGCCUCUGGUGUGCCCGAUUACAACCAGGGCUUUCAAAGAUGAUAGAUGAAGAUACAAGUAAUAGAUCAAGACGGCUCUGCAUAAGACAAGACAUCUCUGCAUUUGUGUUCUUUGAGAACUAGGAUGUGUAUUGAAAACUUGCACUUCUCUCUCCAACUCUACAUGAAAAUCUCAGUUAUUGUGGUUUUUAAGUAUGACUAAGCCCAUGAACAAUAUACUGUAUUCCAUGGAUUGAAUACUCAGACCUACGUUGUAAGUUUAUUGCAUGAAAUGAUGGUCAUGUUUCCAUACUAA